AUGGUCAACCUUCACACGUGGCCUAGAGCAAUCGAACAAGAUUCUAGUGGCUUGGAGAACUCCAAACCGGUUCAGAACUUAGGAAAAUCGAGUUCGGGCCGAGCCGGAGCUUACCAAGUGAAGACCGAGCAGAACGGUGCGCACAUCCAUGGCGAAAGCGAAAAAGCCCCAGAAAUCACCUUCAACCGCCGCGCACGAUUCUUCCGAAGCGUUCGAAGAAGCGUCACAAGAGGAUACGGGAUUAUGUGUAAAAAGAAGCGAAGAGAUGAAAAGGUCAGCAAAAGCUCGCAGAUUUAAUAGCACGGAGAAGAGUACGAAGACAAAUAAGAGGCCAAAAUCAAAUCAGAAGAAGAAAAAUGAUAAAAUUGAUGUCAAUAAGCCGAAGAAGCCACCUACGGCUUUCUUUUACUUUUUGGAUGACUUCCGCAAGGAAUUUCAAGAACAGAAUCCAGAUGUCAAGUCGAUGCGCGAUGUUGGCAAGGCAUGUGGGGAGAAAUGGAAAACAAUGACAUAUGAGGAAAAAGUACAAUAUUAUGAUAUUGCUACAGAGAAACGUGCGGAGUUUGAUAAAGCCAUGGCAGAAUAUAAGAAGAGGAAGGAAAGUGGAGUAGAUCAAGAAUCUGAGGAAGAUUGGGAGAUUGAUGAAUAAUAGCUGGUAUUAUGUAGGAAGAGCUUGUGCAAGGGCAACAAGUUUUUUGUUUUUCUCUUACCCCGUUCCCUUUGUUGUCUUUUUAGAACUGCUAAUAUUUAUUUUCUGUAUAAAUUUCUGCUGCAAAUAGCUUUUUUAUUCAUAGAUAAUUGGUUAGAUUUAGAUCAGGGCCUUACAAUAUACAUCAAAGAGUUCAACGUAUAUGUAGACGUUCGAACUCGCUUCUAUUGUUAACCGAAUGUAAUUGCUUGUAGUGCAGUUGAUCAAAUGUGUUUCUCGACA